GCAGCGAGACAGGAAAUAAAGCAGCAGUGAAUUACAGGCGACUGCUGUGCAAACCCUGGGUUUAAAAUUAGCUCUGAAAAGCACAGGAGACUAUUAUGGAGGCCAUGGGUGGCCUUGUGGCGGGUGAGUUUUGGCUCUUCUCUGCACCAUGCCAGGCUAGCAGAGCGCAGCACGUCACCAUGAAGCGCCUGGAGACCCCGUGUCCCUAAACGCACGUCGCUGACACGUGGGGAGGACGGCGCGGCCGCCCCGUGGAGGAUGAAGCUCCUGCGGCGCCGCUACAGCCCGCUGAAGGUGGCUCUGGUGGGCGCCAUCUUCGUCCUCUUCCUCUUCAUCCUGCAGAGGGACGUCGGGGACAGAGACCCGAGCGAGGAGCCCUGGCUGAAAAACAUCGUCCACGGGAAGGACCAGGUCAUCGACCUGAUGCUGGGGGCGGUCAACAACAUUCGGGACUCGAUGCCCAAGCUGCAGAUCGGGGCUCCGGUGCAGCCGGAGGAGCCGCCCCGCAGCGCCCGCUCCUGCCUGCCCGGCUUCUACACGGCAGCGGAGCUGCGCCCGCUGAUGGAGCGGCCCCCCCAGGACCCCAACAGCCCGGGAGCUGAUGGCAAAGCCUUCAAGAAGGACCAGUGGACGCCGGAGGAGACCAAGGAGAAGGAGCGGGGCUACGAGAAGCAUUGCUUCAACGCCUUCGCCAGCGACCGCAUCUCCCUCCAGCGAGCGCUGGGACCCGACAGCCGCCCACCGGAGUGCAUCGACCAGAAAUUCAAGCGCUGCCCGCCCCUGCCCACCACCAGCGUGGUCAUCGUCUUCCAUAACGAAGCGUGGUCCACGCUGCUGCGCACGGUGUACAGCGUCCUGCACGCCUCCCCGGCCGUGCUGCUGAAGGAGAUCAUCCUGGUGGACGACGCCAGCACGGACGACUACCUGAAGGAUGAGCUGGAGCACUACGUGAAGCAGCUGCAGAUCGUGCGGGUGGUGCGGCAGGAGGAGAGGAAGGGGCUGAUAACGGCCCGGCUGCUGGGGGCCAGCGUGGCCAGCGGGGAGGUGCUGACCUUCCUGGACGCCCACUGCGAGUGCUUCCACGGCUGGCUGGAGCCCCUCCUGUCCCGCAUCGCCGAAGAGCCCACGGCCGUCGUCAGCCCCGACAUCACCACCAUCGACCUCAACACCUUCGAGUUCUCCAAGCCGGUGCAGUACGGCAAGCAGCACAGCCGGGGCAACUUCGACUGGAGCCUGACCUUCGGCUGGGAGGUCAUCCCGCCCCGGGAGAGGCAGAGGAGGAAGGACGAGACCUACCCCAUCAAAUCUCCGACCUUUGCCGGCGGCCUCUUCGCCAUCUCCAGGUCCUAUUUCGAGCACAUCGGCUCCUACGACGAUCAGAUGGAGAUCUGGGGGGGCGAGAACGUGGAAAUGUCCUUCAGGGUCUGGCAGUGCGGGGGCCAGCUGGAGAUCAUCCCCUGCUCCGUCGUGGGCCACGUCUUCCGCUCCAAGAGCCCCCACACCUUCCCCAAGGGCACGCAGGUGAUCUCCAGGAACCAGGUCCGCCUGGCCGAGGUCUGGAUGGACAGCUACAAGGAGAUCUUCUACAGGAGGAACCAGCAGGCUGCGCAGAUGGCCAGAGAGAAGACGUAUGGUGACAUUACAGAACGGCGCAAGCUGAGGGAGCAGCUUCACUGCAAGAACUUCACCUGGUACCUGCAGACCAUCUACCCCGAGAUGUUCGUCCCCGACCUGACUCCCACCUUCUAUGGGGCGAUUAAAAAUGAGGGCACCAAAAGCUGCCUGGAUGUCGGUGAGAACAACCACGGUGGGAAACCGCUCAUCAUGUACCCGUGCCACGGGAUGGGGGGCAACCAGUAUUUUGAGUACACAACGCAGCGGGACCUGCGGCACAACAUCGGCAAGCAGCUGUGCCUGCGGGCCGGCUCGGGGCUGGCCGAGCUGGGCGAGUGCCAGUACCGGGGGAAGCCCACGCGGGUGCCCCCCAACGAGGAGUGGGAGCUGGCGCAGGACCGGCUGAUUAAGAACCCAGCCUCCCGCAUGUGUUUGACGGCACGAGGCAAGCACCCGUCGAUGGUCCCCUGCAACCCCUCGGACCCCCACCAGCUCUGGUCCUUCACCUAGUGGGCGAGUGGAUCGAGCCCCGGCCAGCCCCGACUGCGCUCAGGAAACCAGGAUCCAAAACUUCCCCCUGUUUAUUUUUAUUUUUAUUAUUUUAAUUUAAAAGAAGCAAAAGCCUUAAAUAUGCUGCAUUUCACAUCUGCCUUGAACUCAGUCCUGUGCCUUUUGACCGCUCCCGUUUGCGAAUUUCGGGGGCACGGCAAUAACGCAAGGAGCCUGGAAGGGGGUUGUGGAGGAGCCCAAAGGCGUUUUGGUGCCCAGAUGUGGAAGGAAGGCGCUGGACUCAUGCCAGGGCCCCUGGACUCCUUGGAGAGACUCCGAGCUUCACGUCGGGCAUUCGAGAAGCUGCGUGUGGAAGCCGCUGGGAAGCUCCUGCAGCCAGGAGGAGGGCAAUGACCGACGGCCACGCAACCCAAAAGGGCCGUGGGGUCAAUCCUGCAGCGGGGCUGAACCAGGGGCUCAACCCAGGUGGAGAGGAGCCGGGUGCGUGGUGCCGGGACGCGCCUGUCGGCCGCCAGGAUCCAGCCCUGCCUUGCUGCCAGCACCGGGCAUCCCUGCUCCUGGGAAGGGAGAGGGAUCUCGGGCUGCUCCUCGGGCUGUCUGCGUUAGAUACCAGGCUUGAUUUUGGGGGGGGGAAAGCAUUAGAUGAUUUUUUUUUAAUUAUGAUUUCAUGAUUGUUAUUUCUUGGUGAGGUUCUGCUCGUGCUGAGCAGGAGGAAGGGUCCCUGCCCGGGCUGCUCGCACCCCCAGUGAGGGUCUCAAAGGUGAGGUCUGGCUGGGAGCGAUGCCCCCGGCGCUGCCCGGAGCCCCUCUUGUCCUACGUAGCUGCCAGAACUUUGUCACCAUUCAGUUUACGGGAGAGAAACCCUUCCUGGAAGUAGAGAGGGAGAACUCGUCUUUGGAUACACAACCUGAAAUAAAGAGAUGAUUUAUUUUACAGACA